AGUUUUUCCGAAACCGCGCGGAGUGUGCGCGGAGGAGACAGGAGGCCACACAACGGCGGCACAAUACCACAGAAGCUUUCGCAGACCGAUCGCGUCCAUCGGCGGUGUCAGUUGGUGUUUGGUGGUGAUCGCGAACAGGAGUCAACCCCCUAAAACUCGAGAGGAUGACGGUCACGUACGGUGUCGAGAAGUGUCCGGACAAGUUCGACGAGUAUCGGUGCAGCCUGCCGGAGCAGUACCGGAAGCUGGCGGCCGACCAGCUCCGAGAGGACGAUCUGAUCCGGAAGCAGGCGAUCGACCAGAUGCGCCAGUGGAUUGCGAAGCACCCGUACAUCCGGCGGUGCCGUACGGAUUCGGUGUUUCUGCUGCGGUUUCUGCGCCAGCGCAAGUUCUCCAUCCCGAAGGCGUGCGAAAUGCUGGAACGCUAUCUGGCGCUGCGCCAAACGUUCCCGCACUGGUUCCAGGGGCUGGACCCGUUCGACAAGACGAUGCAGACGCUCGGCGAGGAGGAGGUGUUCCAUGUGCUCGGGUUCGACGCCAAGGGCCAGAUCGUGAUCCUGAUCAAGUCGCGCAACUUCCGCGUGGACAAGUACGAUCUGGUCGAUCUGAUACGGUUUCUGCACAUGAACAUGGAGAUCCUGUCGUGCGACGAGAUGGUGCAGGUGGCGGGCGUCGUCCUCGUGGUCGACUGCUACGAAGCGUCCAUGGCCCACUUCACGCUGUUCCGGCUGAGCGAGAUGCGCAACAUCGGACCGUACAUCAAUCACCUGCUACCGAUCCGGUGCCGGGAGAUCCACGUUAUCCGGCUGCCGAAGGUGGCCGCCUCGAUCGUCGACCUGCUGUUCACCUACGUCAGCCCGAAGCUGAAGCACCGAUUCUUUUUCCACAAGACGAUGAACGAGGCGGUGAGCUACCUGGGCAAAACUCUGCUCCCGACCGAGUACACCGAGGAGAACGAGGAACCGAAAGCCCUCACGCACGUCUACAGCAAGCGCAUCCGCGAGAGCCGCGAAGAGUUACAGAUGCUGGAUCAGAUGGAGAUCGAUGUGGCGAAGUUUUCGUCCGUCUGGAGCAAGACCGGAUGUGCACCGGGCGGCAUCGAUGCAGGGAUGGUGGGCAGCUUCCGCAAGCUGGACAUCGAUUGAAGGGCUGUCAGCGGGUGGCUUGUGUUUGGACAUUAUUUAUAAGCGAUUUUGGAGUCAUUUGUGGAGGUCACCUUUCACCAUCUUCUCCGUUUCGUCUGUAGGACGGUAUCAUAUCACUAGCAUUAGGGUCAUAGGCACGUAGGGAUGUAUUAUUUUUUAAGGGAUGUAUUAAAUAUUCUCAACCAACGCGUUUGCCACCAAACUCUCAGAUGUUGGCUUUAUUUCUCUUUCGUUUGACCGCAGGUGUCAAGCUGCUUCAGCAUUACUAAGAAACGAUUGGAGGCGGCAACGAAGAAGUGAUCAUGAAUAUAAGGAUUACAAUAAAAACAUUUCAAACACACUUAAAAACUGCA